UUCUCCCUCCGCUUCUCAAACGGAUACGACGUUCCGCAAUUCUCAGAGAUUUUCCCCCAAACUUCACUGAGAAAAUUCUCAGCCUUCGCGUCUCCAAUCUGCAACAUGAAGAUUCGUUCAGCGUUUCCAGUCAUCUUUUGUGCCUCCUUCCUGAUUUUCUCGCUGGCCGCUAAAACCCUCGACCCCUACAAGGUUCUUGGGGUUGAGCGAAAUGCCAAUCAACGUGAAAUCCAAAAAGCUUUCCACAAGUUGUCUCUGCAAUAUCAUCCCGACAAAAACAAGAACAAGGGUGCUCAAGAGAAGUUUGCUGAGAUUAAUAAUGCAUAUGACAUUUUAUCGGAUGAAGAGAAGAGAAAGAAUUAUGAUCUAUAUGGUGAUGAAAAGGGUAAUCCCGGAUUUCAGACUGGGAACACGGGGGACCAGGGUGGGUAUACUUACUUCACAAAUGGUGGACCAGGACAAGGUGGAUUUACAUUCAGGCCACAAGAAUGGCAAACUAUGGGUGGACAUGGAGGUUCAAAGUCGUUCUCAUUUUCUUUUGGUGGCCCUGGUGGCCAGAACUCAUUUGGUUUUGGCUUAGAUGAUGUUUUCUCAAACUUAUUUGGUGGUGGUAUGGGAGGUGAAAAUUGGUUUGGGAGUUCAACUCAGGCUAAGUCUGGUUCCACGAGGUCCCAUAAGAGCAUUCGUGCCGUAAACUCUCAGGUGUACAAGAAAGAAAUAAUUGAUAAAGGAAUGACUUGGCUUUUAUUGUCUUAUACACCUACAUUGAAAGGGACCGAGUAUUAUGAAUCUAUUAUAGAGGAGGUAGCUAACUCAUUUCAGGGAGCCUUAAAGGUCGGAAGCAUAAACUGUCAAACUGAGUUGUCUUUUAGCAAGGAUCUGGAUGUCUAUGCCCGCAAAGCACCUAGGGUUUUUGUAUACUCUUACAGAACAAGUGACAGUGGAAGCUUGCUAGAGUACAAUGGGGAUCUGACUGCAAAAAAUUUGAAAACAUUUUGUCGAGAACAUCUCCCUCGAUUUUCAAAACAUAUUGACUUGAGUGAUGUUGAGUUAUAUUCCAGUAAUAUGCAAACAUUACCUAAAGUGGUACUUCUGUCAACAAAGAAAGAUACACCUGUUAUUUGGCGCGUCAUUAGUGGCUUGUACCGCAAACGUUUUGCUUUCUAUGAUGCAGAGGUCCAUCAUGUUUCAGAUCCAACAGUGAGGAGAAUGGGAGUUGACGCACUUCCUGCUGUUGUUGGUUGGUUACCAAAUGGCGAAAAGUAUAUUUUGAAAACAGGCAUUUCUGUGAAAGAUGUAGAAUCUGCAGUUCAAGAUCUUAGUGCUUUACUUGAUGGCUUUGAGAAAAAAAAUGAGAAUACAGCUUUUAAGUCUAAAAAUGCAUACAGUGAAUCAGGGGAUAAACAGAUGCCCCUACUUACGGGGUCUAAUUUUGGCACACUUUGCGGGGAGACAACUCCUGUCUGCAUUGUUGGUGCUUUCAGAUCAGCCAGAGCUAGAGACAAGCUGGAAGCCAUAUUACUGUCGGUCUCACAGAAAUCCUUCUCAAGACGACGCAAUUUGGGCACCAGUGGUGGGGAUUCAAUAUCCUAUUCACUUGUCGAUGCAUCCAAAUACCCGUCGUUCUUGAAGUCAUUAGACAGAUCUGGAUUCAGAUCAUCAGACAAACUAUUGGUUGCCUACAAACCCCGAAAGGGGAAGUAUGCAGCAUUUGCCGGCGAGUUAACAGCAGAGGAAGUGGAGAGGUUUAUCGGUUCAGUCCUCAACGGGGAUGUGCAGUUUACCAAGACCCGGCAGAAGCCCACAUUCAAUUGAGGGAUAUGAAUUCCAUAUAAACGGCAGAAAGAAAUUGCCGGUAUGUAUAAAUGGAGAGCCAACAAGGCAGGCCGGUUUGCUGCUGCUUGUGCCCAGCUAUAAACCGGACCAGCAGCUGGAACAGUGGUAGUAAGACGCCCAAGUGCCAUAAUUUUCUAGGAUAGUAAUGUACCAUUCAUUAUAGAUAAAAAAAAAAAAAGUUAAUGAUGAGAUACUUGAAACUGUAAGGUAGAGUGUAAAGGUGAAGCCUGGGAGAUGGAAGAAGAAGAAGAUGUUCUCUUACGAUUAUAACGGUUAGUGAGAAGGGCCUUUUUGACUUAGGUAUUGUAAA